AUGGUGACGAAGAUGCUCACAGUGAUGCUCAUGAUGAGGAGGAGGUGGAGGAGGAGGGCGAGGUGUGGUACGAGUGGGCUGUCACCUCGCCCACGCCACAACCUAUCCACAAUCCGGGCGGAAGAUCGUGCGCAUCCGGAAAGUUCGGGAUGGCUGCCUUCAUUUCGAUCAAUCUUGAGUCGCCGGAUCCACGGCAG